UUGCUGAUCCGUAGAUGUUCUGGGUAGUGCGAGGAGAGAGUAUGAGGCGAGCUGCGGUCCGGGUGCCGCUCGGCUCCGGGGGAGAAGGCGCGGCCGCGGCCGCCGCCAUCUGAGUCGCGGCGCCAGCGAGGCCCGGCGCGCGCAUGGUGCUGGUGCCGCUCGGGUGUUGAUCGGCCUGUCCCCUCCCUCUCUUUCCCUCCCCACCCCCCGCGGUGGUCUCCCCUUUCCACCCCAGCCCCGGCCGAGCCAUGUCUCGGAGUGGCUCCUGCCCGCACCUGUUGUGGGACGUGAGGAAAAGGUCCCUCGGGCUGGAAGACCCAUCCCGGCUGAGGAGCCGCUACCUGGGAAGAAGAGAAUUUAUCCAAAGAUUAAAACUUGAAGCAACCUUAAAUGUGCAUGAUGGCUGUGUUAAUACAAUCUGUUGGAAUGACACUGGAGAAUAUAUUUUAUCUGGUUCUGAUGACACCAAACUAGUAAUUAGUAAUCCGUACAGCAGAAAGGUUUUGACAACUAUCCGUUCAGGGCAUCGAGCAAAUAUAUUUAGUGCAAAAUUUUUGCCAUGCACAGAUGAUAAGCAGAUUGUAUCUUGCUCUGGAGAUGGAGUCAUAUUUUAUACUAACAUUGAGCAGGAUGCAGAAACCAACAGACAGUGCCAAUUUACGUGCCAUUAUGGAACUACUUAUGAGAUUAUGACUGUACCAAAUGACCCUUACACCUUCCUGUCCUGUGGUGAAGAUGGAACCGUUCGGUGGUUUGACACACGCAUCAAAACUAGUUGCACAAAAGAAGACUGUAAAGAUGAUAUUUUGAUCAACUGUCGGCGUGCUGCCACAUCUGUGGCUAUUUGUCCCCCGGUACCAUAUUACCUCGCUGUGGGUUGCUCUGAUAGCUCAGUACGGAUUUAUGAUCGGCGAAUGCUGGGCACAAGAGCUACAGGGAAUUAUGCAGGUCGAGGAACUACUGGAAUGGUUGCUCGCUUUAUCCCUUCUCAUCUUAGUAAUAAAUCAUGCAGAGUGACAUCGCUGUGUUACAGUGAAGAUGGUCAAGAGAUCCUUGUUAGUUACUCUUCAGAUUACAUCUAUCUUUUUGACCCCAAAGAUGAUACUGCACGGGAACUUAAAACUCCUUCUGCAGAGGAGAGGCGAGAAGAGUUACGACAGCCUCCAGUUAAGCGCUUGAGACUUCGUGGUGAUUGGUCAGAUACUGGUCCCAGAGCAAGGCCGGAGAGUGAACGAGAACGAGACGGAGAGCAAAGUCCCAACGUGUCAUUGAUGCAGAGAAUGUCUGAUAUGUUAUCAAGGUGGUUUGAAGAAGCAAGUGAAGUUGCACAAAGCAAUAGAGGAAGAGGAAGACCUCGGCCCAGAGGUGGAACAAAUCAGCCAGAUGUUUCCUCUCUUCCUACUGUUCCAUCAAGUCCUAAUUUGGAAGUGGGUGAAACUGCAAUGGAUGUAGAUAUGCCAGCUGAACAACCUCUUCAACCUUCUACACCCUCUACAGUGUCAGUUCAGGCUCAGGCAGCAGCAUCUGCCGUCGAAAGCCCUCAUUCUUCUUCUUCAGACAGUGAACAAAGGCCGUCUGCCGAGGCUUCUGGACAUCACACACACCAUCAGUCUGAUUCUCCUUCUUCUGUGGUUAACAAACAGCUCGGAUCCAUGUCACUUGAUGAGCAACAGGAUAACAGUAAUGAAAGGCUGAGCCCCAAACCAGGGACAGGUGAACCAGUUUUAAGUUUGCACUACAGCACAGAAGGAACAACUACAAGCACAAUAAAACUGAACUUUACAGAUGAAUGGAGCAGUACAACCUCAAGUUCCAGAGGAAAUGGGAGCCAUUGCAAAUCUGAGGGUCAGGAAGAAUCAUUGGUUGCACAGAGCACCAUGCAGCCACCUGAAGGAGACAGUGAAACAAGAGCUCCUGAAGAACUAUCAGAGAAAGGAACAUUUUCAGAAAACCUCACUCAAAACCAGAUAGAUAUAGCACAAUUUGAUAACUUUACUGCUGAGCCAUUGGAUUCUAACUCAGGAGAAAGAAAGAACCCAAGUCUGGACAGUCCUUGUGGUGUUCCAGAAGAAAGCACUUUGUCUGACACAGGCAGGGAGAUUUCUGAGCAGGCCAGCACCGAGAGUGCUGCCAAUCGUGCUAGCUCCAACCCUGGACUCCCAUCCCAAACAGAAGCUAUCACGCCCUUAGCUCAUGAAGACACAUCAACCAGGGACUCUACUCUCCAGGACACAGAUGACAGUGAUGAUGACCCAGUCUUGAUCCCUGGUGCAAGAUAUCGAGCAGGACCUGGAGAUAGACGUUCUGCUGUUGCCCGCAUCCAGGAAUUCUUCAGGAGGAGGAAAGAAAGGAAAGAAAUGGAAGAAUUGGAUACUUUGAACAUUAGGAGGCCACUAGUAAAAAUGGUUUAUAAAGGCCAUCGCAACUCCAGGACAAUGAUAAAAGAAGCCAACUUCUGGGGUGCUAACUUCGUAAUGAGCGGCUCCGACUGUGGUCAUAUCUUCAUCUGGGAUCGACACACUGCUGAGCAUUUGAUGCUUCUGGAAGCUGACAAUCAUGUGGUCAACUGCCUGCAGCCUCAUCCUUUUGACCCAAUUCUAGCCUCAUCUGGUAUAGAUUAUGACAUAAAGAUCUGGUCACCACUAGAAGAGUCAAGAAUUUUUAAUCGAAAACUUGCUGACGAAGUUAUAACUCGAAAUGAACUCAUGCUGGAAGAGACUAGAAACACCAUUACCGUUCCAGCCUCUUUCAUGUUGAGGAUGUUGGCAUCACUGAAUCAUAUCCGAGCUGACCGCUUGGAGGGUGACAGAUCAGAAGGUUCGGGUCAGGAGAAUGAAAACGAGGAUGAAGAAUAAACGACUCUUUGGCAAGCACUUAAAUGUUCUGAAAUUUGUAUAUGACAUUUAUUAUAUUUUUUUUCUUUACAGAACUUUAGUGCAAUUUAAGGCUAUGGUUUUUUGGAGUUCUUUCCCAUUUUUGGGAUAACCAAACAUUAGUUUGGAAUGAGUGUGUGCAUGAGUUGGGUGUGUGUGUAAAACAAAACAAGCAAAAUGUUUUUGAAACUUUUUGCUGUGUAUGGAGUCCUAGAAAAUGCAAAGUGCAAUACUUCCCUAACCCUCAGAUGUGGGAGCUUGGAUCAAUGUUGAAAAGUCAUUUUCAUUGUAGUGAAAAUGUUGGUUCAAAUAAAUUUCUACACUUGCCAUUUGCAUGUUUGAUGCUUUCUAAUUAAAGAUGUUGGUUGUCUUAA